AUGCAACUAAUAAAGGGGAUACAGGAUCUUUUGGUGAUAACCAGGACUAUAAGGGAGAAGUGGGUGUUGAGCCAGUUGCCGGAGAAUGAAGAGUCGUCGAUGUUUGAGAGUGAAGAGACGUUAGAAAACUGCAAAAAUUUGAUACAACAGGCAAUGGAUACACUUAGGGAAGACAUUUCUUGA